AUGCCAUCCACCCCCAAAGAAGUCUUCGGCAACCCAGCCCCCUGGAGCGAACCCGCCUGGUCCCACGGAAUCCCCUCCCCCUACUACAACGACUCCCACAGAAAGUACCGCAACGCCCUGCGCUCCUACAUCGACACUAACAUCCUCCCCUACGCCUUGGACUGGGAAGAAGCCGGCGAAGCUCCCAAGUCCGCGCGCGAGGCGUGGGCAAAAUCUGGAUUCUCGUUUUCAGAUGUUCCUUUAAAGUACAGGCCGAAGGAUAUCCCUUUUCCGGCGGGGAUACCGAUUGAUCAACUCGAUGCGUUUCAUGUGCUCGUUUCGACGGAUGAGACGUCGCGGGUGGAGGGGGGUGUGACGUCUUCGUUGGGAGGGGGGUCUGUGAUUGGGAUCCCGCCGGUGAUCCAUCAUGGAACAGAGGAGCAGAAGCGGAAAUGGUUACCGGGACUUUUCACUUGGGAGACGAGUUUCUGUUUGGGGAUCACGGAGCCGAGUGGUGGUUCUGAUGUUGCGAAUUUGCAGACGACGGCGGAGAAGACGGCAGAUGGGAAGUUUUAUGUCGUGAAUGGGUGGAAGAAGUGGAUUACGGGGGCUCCUUGGGCGACGCAUAUGACGACUGCGGUGAGGACUGGGGGCCCGGGCAUGGGAGGGAUUUCCGUGUUGGUUAUUCCUACUAAUUCGAAAGGGGUCUCGAUGAGGAGGAUCUCGAAUAGUGGGCAGAAGGCUGGAGGUGCUUCGUUGGUGGAGUUGGACGAUGUGAAAGUUCCUGUGGAGAAUUUGCUAGGGAAGGAGAACGAGGGGUUCAAAGUCAUCAUGGUCAACUUCAACCGGGAGAGGUAUAUCAUGAGCGUGGGAUGUAAUCGGAAAGCGAGAACCUGCCUAUCAGUAGCCUUCAACUACGCCAACACCCGCACCACCUUCGGCAAACCCCUCAUCGCCAACCAAAUCAUCGCCGCCAAAUUCUCCACCUUAGCCCGCUACAUCGAAUCGCACUGGGCCUGGCUCGAGCAGAUCGCCUACGCCGUCCAACAAUCACCCCUAGGCUGGCAAGAGCCGGACGUCGCGGGACGCAUCGCGCUCGCCAAAGUCCAGGGUGGCAGGAUCCAGGAGAUGGCGAACCGCGAGGCUCAGCAGGUGCUGGGUGGGGCGGGGUAUCAGAAGGGCGGCCCUGGGGCCGUUGUGGAGCAGAUGAGCAGGGACUUGAGGAUGAUGGUUGUUGGGCGAGAGUGCUUUUGGUCUCAUUAUCAAACAGCUAUGAAAAGCUAA